CGAAACGCCAUGGUCUACAAUGGCGGAGGCCAGCUUUUUGUAGGUUUCGACAGAAGUAAGGAUCGCGCCCUUUAACACUCAUUCGAUUCCACUUCCGCCCUGUGCACGCCUUGUGCAAGAUUCACAUUGAGGGCGCCCAGCCAGAUCCCGGCCCGGUGUGAAGUUGAGCUGAGAGCAGGAUGACCACCAUAGCCGAAGAGGAUGAGGGACAACUGGCGCCCGUCGACUUCAGGCAACUGUUAUCAGACGUGACAUUUGGAGGGACCAGCGAUGCUCUGACUGCCACAGGCCCGUUGGCAGCGGACCAAUGCCCACUUCAUCCGGACGUGGACGAAUGUCUGUGUCGAGGCUUUGUAGGCAACUGGGCACAAGCGGAAGAGACUGGAGAGCAGUCCGCUACACUAAACACUGUCGACGAGCCAGAUUACUCACAAUUCCAAAACUGGAUACCGCGAUUUGUCUGGCCAGACAAGCCGUGUGACUACUGCAGAUCGAAACGGCUGAAUUGCUAUAUUCAGCGCGGUGAGGCACACUGCACCCCAUGCGCUACAUUGUUCCGAGAAUGCAGUCUCUCGAAAUCGCAGACGCUGGAAGCCACAAAUUACGCCUCCAAGGACCUGGGCAAUUUCCUCGAUACUCUACAUGUCGUGCACGAAGAUAAUGCUCGUGAAUUUGGAACAUACACAGGCAUCAAACCACUCAGGUCCAAGGGCACAGCAGGAGCUAGUUCUACGGCGCCUGCCAAAGACGACGCACCUGGCAGCUCCAAGCGCAAUGGCAUUAGGUUCCCACGUCAGGCCGUGAAGGUACUGCGAGACUGGCUGGACGCGCACGCAGAUAAUCCAUACCCGAGCGAAGAAGAAAAGGCACACCUCGAAAGACAGACUGAACUGAAGCCCAGCCAAAUCGCGAAUUGGCUAGCCAAUGCUCGCAGGCGGCGUAAGGUCACGGAGAAAUCCAAGCCGAAGCUAUGCAUGUCUCCAAGCCUACGGCCAACUUCGAGUGCAAUUCCUAUUCCUGGUGCUGCAGAAAAGCCGUGGGAUGAGCUCAAUCCUUUCGAAAGAUGGCAGCAUUCGCCACCAGAAAAUGAACCUGCCGAUCUUGACGAUAUUGCCAACGCACUUGCACGAACCGAGCCCCCGGCUGACGAUGUUUCUACAUCUCCAUCAACACUUGCUCGCUCAAGGCGCCAGAAGGGAUCAAGCGUAGGAUCUGGUUGGUCGAAGUCGAGGGCACCUUCCACGACCUCGCAGGAAACAGGGCAGACAUCUUCACUGUCGGCUUCGAGCGCGCGAUACUCCAACGGCUCAUCACAUUCGACGCACGGAUCCUUUAGCUCUUUCAGCUCCAGUCUUGCAGGCAAGAAAGACCGGCGACGACGCCGAAGACCAGUGGUACAAGCUUCCAGCCGGAAGGUGGUAGACGACAAAAGGCGCAUUUUCCAGUGCACGUUCUGCACUGACACUUUUAAAUCGAAGUACGACUGGACACGACACGAGAAAUCCCUACAUCUCUCGCUCGAGAAAUGGAUUUGCGCACCGCUCGGACCCGUCCUCACGGAUCAGGAAUCUGGAAACAAGAAAUGCGUGUACUGCGAACUACACAACCCGUCGAAAGACCACCUAGAAUCUCACAAUCUUAGACAAUGCGAGGACAAAGGUCUCGAUGCGCGUACUUUCUACCGAAAAGACCACCUGCGACAGCACCUGCGGUUAAUGCAUGGUUGUGAGAUGAGCCCAGCGAUGGAAAGCUGGAAGUCAAUUGCAGUGAACAUCAACAGUCGCUGCGGCUUUUGCGCUCAACGUUUCACCGUUUGGCAGGAGCGUGUCGAUCAUCUGACGGCACAUUUUAAAGCUGGGGCACGAAUGUCCGAAUGGAAAGGUUGCAGAGGUCUCGACCCAGCAGUGGCGGCCCAAGUCACGAAUGCCAUGCCGCCGUAUUUGAUCGGCAUUGAGUCGGUCAGCCCAAACCCAUUCUCUGCUACAAAUCGAGCGAGUUGGAGAGAGCUGCCAGGUGGCAACGCCGAGGCAGCGUCAGAGUUUACAAUGCUUGGAGCACUCGGAGAAGACUCUGGCAGGCACUCUGAUGUUACCGACGCACACUGUGAUGGCUAUGGCGCGACGAAAGCUACCUGCUGGGAAAUUCUCACUGUAAGACUUGGCAAGUAUGCGAAACAGAUGGCAGAUCAGGGUGUGCAAAUGACCGACGAAAUGCUCCAAAAGCAAGCGCGAGUGGUACUCUAUGACAGCGACGAUACAUGGAACCAGACGGCUGCAGAUAAUCCAGAGUGGCUGGACUUGUUCAAGAAGGCGCAUGGCCUCAACUUCAUCCCCAAUGCAAUCGGUGGACAGGGUUCUCAGGUGCCAGAGGACCUGGAAACCUACGGCGACUUGGGUCUCCGAAUUCCAUUUGCGGUUCAAUUGCAAGCCUACAAUCAGGCACAGACUGGACAGCAGAUGAACGAUGCUGCGAGCAGACCCGGGCCCUACCAGGUUGCUCUUGCGCAGCAACAGGCAAUCACGACCGAAAUUCAGUCCAUCUUGCUGAAGGAAGGGGUGCUCCAUGCUGGCGGCCAGAAAUGCGACCACACGCAGUGCGUUAGCAAUGUCAUCGACAUCGGGCCCAUCUCGGCGAGCGACUUGACUGCUUCAUCGACAAGGACUUGGUGCAACAAUGACCUGCCUGCAGAUGUGCAGCAGCGAAUCAGCCAACUACAGAAAGCACCAGGCGACGAGUUGAGCAGACGAAGCAGCCAUAUUGCUCGAGGGCUCAGUAGUCUCUUCGCUCUGGACAGUCGCAUGGACGAUCAAGCUGCUGCGUCGGCACGGUUCGCUGCUUUGGAGAAAUUGUCUUCUCGGCAUGCUCAUCAGUCUUGCGAGGAUACAGGCUCAAGACCGAAUGCGCUGGGGUUGAACGCAUUUGCAAAGAAUGACUGCGCAAAAGCCGUCAGUGGUGGAAGAAUUACGCAAGGAUCCGCUCACGAGCUGGGUUCGGAGGCAAUUUCUCGCAAUGAAUGCGCUGCUGCUCGAGCACAAGGGUUGCAAUCCCUGACUAGAGAAGAAUCAACCGUUCACCAUUGCACUUGGAAAGACAGCGACCUUGCUAUCAUGGCAGCCCGCGCGAGGAGUCAUGGGCUGGAGGCACUCGCGACCAUGGAGGCUCCACAGUGUGACACACCUUCGGCAGCCAGAAAGCCUUACCUCCAGCGACAUCGCUACGAAUUGCCCAAGGACAAAGCCAACAUGUUCGCAACUACCACUGGGGCAUGGGAGGACAGCGGCAUGAUGCCCCAAGCUGUUGACACGUCGCUGCCGGACAUCAAUGAGAACACCACCACCGGUGCCAUGAUGGAGUUCUUGGGUGGUAAUGUUGGUGCAUCUCUGUCGUUUGCCAAUGAUGCUCUUACAUCGCAGAUACCUUCCCAGAAUCUUACCCCUGAGGAAGAAGUGGAUUUGGCAAUGCUCAACAAUGGCGACAUCACACCAGAAGAAAUGGACGAGAUCCUGAACACGACUGCUGCUCAAGGUAUGGACGACAUCGCGGACGUGGACAUGUCGUGGUUGACUCCGGAUGUCGUGGACACCACGAACAACGCAACUCCGGUGUCUCAGGAUAUGAUAAUGGACGAUUUCAAUUUUGACGACAUGAUCUUCGAUAUGCCGAUAGAUGAGGGCUUUGAUGGGCCUCUUUAAUGCGUCGCAGAAAAUUAAUAGGCGUUGGGCGGGAGAAAGCAUGUGGCAUUGUACGCACAUAUUAUGAAUUGCGUUCGAGCGUACUUUCGGGCAUAGAUCUAGUCGUGUUAGCGAAUUGAUAGAUGAGACUUAAAAGAUUACUCUAUACGCUGUAUCGAGCCAUC